GUGUCACUCUUCUGAGAAUUCAUUUCUCCUGUGUUCCUUUCUCAAGUUCCAAACCAGAUCUCUCUGAAAUUCCUAUAUGGCGACGAUCAAGCUCGUCAAAGCUAGACAAAUCUUCGACAGCCGUGGCAAUCCAACGGUUGAGGUGGAUGUUCUACUAACAGAUGGUACCCUCGCCAGAGCCGCAGUUCCUAGUGGUGCAUCCACUGGGAUUUAUGAAGCACUUGAACUACGAGAUGGAGGGUCAGAUUACCUGGGAAAAGGUGUUUUGAAGGCUGUUGAGAAUGUCAAUGAUAUUAUUGGUCCAGCAUUGGUUGGCAAGGACCCAACUGAACAAACUAGUCUUGACAACUACAUGGUACAACAGCUUGAUGGAACAGUUAAUGAAUGGGGUUGGUGCAAACAGAAGCUUGGAGCAAAUGCAAUAUUGGCAGUUUCUCUUGCAGUCUGCAAAGCAGGGGCUAGUGUUAAGAAGAUACCACUUUACAAGCAUAUCGCCAACCUCGCUGGUAACAAGACCUUGGUGCUACCGGUUCCUGCUUUCAAUGUCAUUAAUGGUGGAUCACAUGCAGGAAACAAACUUGCAAUGCAGGAGUUCAUGAUCCUACCUGUGGGAGCUUCCUCUUUCAAAGAGGCCAUGAAGAUGGGAGUAGAAGUAUACCACCAUUUGAAGGCUGUGAUAAAGAAGAAAUAUGGCCAAGACGCAACAAAUGUUGGUGAUGAAGGUGGCUUUGCCCCCAACAUUCAGGAGAACAAGGAGGGGCUUGAGUUGCUCAAGACAGCCAUUGCUAAAGCUGGUUACACUGAAAAAGUGGUUAUUGGAAUGGAUGUUGCUGCUUCUGAGUUUUAUGGAACAGACAAAACAUAUGAUCUAAAUUUCAAAGAAGAGGGCAACGAUGGGUCACAAAAGAUCUCAGGAGAUGCCCUUAAAGAUGUUUACAAGUCAUUUGUGGCUGAUUACCCAAUAGUAUCUAUUGAAGAUCCAUUUGACCAAGAUGACUGGGAACACUACUCUAAGCUAACCAGUGAAGUUGGAGGGAAUGUACAGAUUGUGGGAGAUGAUCUCUUGGUCACUAACCCAAAGAGGGUUGAGAAGGCAAUCAACGAGAAAUCAUGCAAUGCCCUUCUUCUCAAGGUUAACCAAAUUGGGUCUGUUACUGAGAGUAUUGAAGCUGUGAAAAUGUCCAAGCAUGCUGGUUGGGGCGUCAUGGCCAGCCACCGCAGUGGAGAGACAGAGGACACUUUCAUUGCAGAUCUCUCUGUGGGUUUGGCCACGGGUCAGAUUAAGACCGGAGCUCCUUGCAGGUCAGAGCGUCUUGCAAAGUACAAUCAGCUCCUGCGGAUUGAGGAGGAGCUUGGUUCAGAAGCAAUUUAUGCUGGAGCCAACUUCCGCAAGCCUGUUGAGCCCUACUAGAUUUUGGGAGAGAGAGAGACGAUUGUGUAUGCGGCACUACGUAGAUUUGUGCAGCUUUUGCUUGCAAUUAAUAAGUUAAUUGUAAUCAUAGAAGAAAAAAUAAGUUGUUGGUUUGAAUGAGGAAAACAGACAGCUGUUUUUUUGAGUUUCUCUUGGUGUUUGUUCAUAAUGAGCUCCUGGUAGUAAGAUGGAUGUAAGAGUAAUGGAGUAUACAGUUCUAGGUGCAGCACUAAACUACCCUUUUCCUUCUGCUGUAAUAUGUAAACCCAUUUUGUAUCUGGUUCUUCUCAUAUAAGAGAGUGUUGUUUUUUAUUUA